UGCCGGGAAGAUGGCGGCCCCCAUGCCGGGACGUGCCUUGUUAAGGAGAUUUCGGUGUCCUACUUUCACCGCUUACCGGAACCACCGACCCAAGAGGAAGUGGGCCUCCACCCUCCCCGCGGUCUCCGGCCCCCAGGUGGCCCUCCGAUACUUUGACUCCGUGUACUCUCUGCAGCUCGCUGAUUGGCCGGCGCUGCGGGUGGCGCUCCUCUCGGAACAGAAGUACGGCGCCAUGGUGAACGUCUUCUCCAGGACGGAGGCCGUGAUGGCCAAUCUGGAGGCAUUACACAGCACGGACUUCCUGAGCGAGGCUCAUCUGGUGAUGGCGGAGAGUCCGGGGACAGACAUGACACCUGCAGACUCCUCCUUUCACCAGGCGGAGCAGAAGAGACGAGAAAUGGUGACAUCGGCGUGCGGAGGUGCGCUCUCCUGCUACACCUUCCCCCGCGGAGACAUCAGCCGCUUCCCAUCCCCCAGGGCGGACACGUUGGGUCUCCUGGAAUAUUAUCUGAUGGACGCGGCGUCGCUCCUCCCGGUUCUGGCUCUGAACGUUCAGCCGGAUCAGCGCGUCCUGGACCUGUGUGCGGCCCCCGGGGGGAAGACUGUGGCCCUGCUCAUGCACAACUGCGGCUUCCUGGCUGCCAAUGACAUUUCCAUCUCGCGCACCAACCGCCUGCGCCGCGUCCUGCACUCCUACGUCCCGCGUCACCUGCGUACAGAGGAGCGAGUACAGGUCACAUCGUGGGAUGGAACGGAAUGGGCGGAGCAUGGGUCAUAUGACCGGGUUCUGGUGGACGCUCCGUGUACAACCGACCGGCACUCCCUGACAGAGGACGAGAACAACAUCUUCACCCGGCUGAGGACCCGAGAACGUCAGACCUUGCCGGCCCUGCAGACCAAAUUAUUGCUGUCCGGUCUGCGCGCGGUGGUCCCGGGGGGGCAGGUGGUGUACUCCACGUGUUCUCUGUCUCCUCUUCAGAACGAGUUUGUGGUGGAGCGAGCGCUGGAACUGGCCGCCGCUGAAUACGGGAUUGACGCCACGAUCGCCGAGCUCCGCCCCUUGCGCCAGAUAUUCAGGAAGACGUUCAACUUCCAUGAGGAGUGCCGCAUCGGGGAGCUGGUGACCCCCCACCUGACCGCCAACUUCGGCCCCAUGUACUUCUGUCUGCUGAGGAGAGGGAGGUAGGGCUGAAGACGGG